CGCCCUAGCUCACCCCCGGAAGUGGCUGAGCCUUAUAAAACCUCAGUUAGCGCCCUCUGUAGCGGAUGCCGUGGUCUGCAGACUUGCUGGGAAGUCAGUUCUUCGAGGUCCAGGAGGAGCCUAGGGAGUGGCAGCUCCCGCUGACCGGCGGGUCGCAGAGACCUGCCCCCAAGGUGGUGUUCGUAGAGGCUCUCACGCUUUUCAAAAGGCGUCUCAUCUAAGACUUGCUAGAACCAACCUGACUAAAGGAGUCACCGUCAUACCCCCCUUGCACCUGGAGUAAAUCUGACUGUCCGAAGGACGAAGGACCGGUCUGUGAGCACUUGUGCUAAGGUGGACUUUAUUCAUACUCCUGAGUGGAAUAUUAUUUGUCACUCACUCCUGAGUCCUGCCGUUUGGAGGGACUGCCUUUGGAAAUGAGUCCUGGGAACUGAACACAGGAACUGGGUGCCUGUACCAGGCUUGCCAUUUGCCUGACCGAGUUACUCUUCUUUGGAUCCCGGCGCUGCAGUACUUUUGAAUUGUUCCUGUGAAGACCAGAAGUAGGUAUUUGGUCCCUUGGAGCUGUGAGCUGAUGUAGGUGCUGGGAACUCAGGUGUGGUAUGCUGCAAAACUGAGGACGAGUCUUGCAGUGUUAAGUGUUUUCCUCAGGGUGCUCAGAUGGUGAAAAUCAGAGAUCAGGCCACCUUUCUGUGAGCCUUCAGCUGAGUCUAAAGGCGUUCUUGAUCAGAAUGGCUUCAGGAUGGUUUUACCUGUCCUGCAUGGUGCUGGGAUCGCUGGGAUCGAUGUGCAUCCUCUUCACUGCCUACUGGAUGCAGUACUGGCGCGGUGGCUUUGCCUGGGAUGGUACGGUGCUCAUGUUUAACUGGCACCCAGUGCUCAUGGUUGCCGGCAUGGUGGUGCUCUAUGGAGCUGCCUCACUGGUGUACCGCCUACCUUCAUCGUGGGUGGGGCCCAGGCUGCCCUGGAAAGUUCUCCAUGCAGCACUGCACCUGCUGGCCUUCACCUGCACUGUGCUGGGGCUGAUUGCCGUCUUUCGGUUUCACAACCACUCGAGAAUCGCACACCUCUACUCCCUGCACAGCUGGCUGGGUAUCACCACUGUAGUCCUCUUCGCCUGCCAGUGGUUCCUGGGCUUUGCUGUCUUCCUCCUGCCCUGGGCAUCCCAGUGGCUGCGAAGCCUCCUGAAACCUGUGCAUGUAUUCUUUGGAGCCUGCAUCCUUUCCCUGUCCAUCACAUCUGUUAUUUCCGGCAUCAAUGAGAAGCUUUUCUUUGUUUUGAAAAAUGCCACCAAGCCCUACUCCAGCCUGCCUGGUGAGGCUGUCUUUGCCAACAGCACAGGGCUCUUGGUGGUUGCCUUUGGCUUGCUGGUUCUCUAUGUUCUUCUGGCUUCAUCAUGGAAGCGUCCAGAUCCAGGAGCUCUGACUGAUAGACAGCCCCUGUUGCAUGACAGGGAAUGAAGCGGGCAGGGGCUCCUGGGAACGGUCAGCGAUGCGGUCUCUGCUCCCUCAGAAGUUCUGCUGUACUGGGGCUCCUGGCUGGUUUCAGCAACAGACUUCUCUUGGGCCAGAGACCAACCUUGCUACUCCAGUUGCAGGCUCUCGCUGUCCAGCUACUAGCUGUUCCUCUGCUUUUCUUGUGGCUUUGGCUUGUUGCCAUUUUUUUCUGGUCCUCCAUUGGCACAAGGACCUUCUUGCCUUGAUCACACAUGUCUCUUCUGCUGUUCUGCAGAUUUGGGGCUGCUUUCCUUACCACUCCUAGGGAUGUGGUAGAAGCCAAAGCUGGGGUUCAAAUGCAGUCUACACGUGUAAAAUAUAAAGUCUGCUCUCUGUGGGAGCAUUUGUCUCAGUUAGGUAUGCUUCCUCCCCCUCUGCUGUGUCCUGGAUGUAUAUUUGGGUGGGCAGUUGCAUUGAGGGGUCACUCAUGGGACAGUGGCAGCCGGAGAAGCCUCUGCUGUAAAGUCAGGUGCCCAGUACUCUGCUCUUUUCACUUCGAUGUGCUGUAUUUUCUGGAUUGUGACCUUGUGAUUCCCCCUCUUCUAGUUGCUGCUCCAGCUGCUUCCUGGAUCCCGCCCUUUCCCUGUGACUUACAUGCCUGUUCCCCUCAGGUAGCAGCACUACGAGCCCUGUUAAACAGUUCUCCCAAGAACACAUGUCCUGUCCCUAGAGUCCCAGUGAUGAGUCUGAGGUUUCUUUGGCCUUUCUUUCUGUCCCUUUGUGGGUAUGGGCUUUCCUGCCUCCUCUAGUUAUGCUCUCCCCUGACAGGGCCCCAGCCCACUAUGAAAUUGAAACCAGCAUUAUGAAGCAAUUUGCUGGGAGCCAUUCACUGCUGCUGCCUUCAGAGAUGUUCCUUUUUGAGUAGUGGGUGCUUCUGUUCCCCAAAAGGUCACUCAGCUACCCUCUAUGCUAUACCAGAAUGUGAGCUUUGCUCUUCUGAAUAGAAACUGGGUAGAGAGGGAGGUAGAGAGUCUUGCCCCACUCCUUUGUGUUAGCCUCCAUAGACAAGCCCUGCCAGGUCCCUCAACAGGCAGGCAGGCAGGCAGGAAGAAUUGGGUUCCUGAGCUCUCUGCAGAUAGUGGCCAGGCUGCCAGACGUUGGGCGGAGGGCUGACAUGGAUUUGCUGACUAAAUGAAGCCUGAACACAUUGCGAUGACUCUUGGCACCCACAUGAACAUCUUCCUGGUUCACUCAUGAGUGGGUAUUUUACUUCAUGAAUCUUAUUUUUAUUAAAUAUGUUUUUAAACAUCA